AUAAGUUUCCGUGAUUUUGUGCAUAUUUGUCCCGUGUGUUCCAUAAGCUUGUUCUACAACCGUGUCCACGUCGUUGUUUAUGCUUAACAAUGAUUGCAUCAGCUAAUUUGUGCUCAGUUGGAACCCGCCUCUCUGAGUACGCCAGGAAAUUGCCCCAAGAAAAUCCGAAUGUACGGAAGAGGUACAUUCAAAAACUAAAAAUAAUCAAGUUUAAUGACCCUUAUACACUACAACUUCAAACUGAAAUGCCAACGACUGUAACUACUGGUCAUGUCGUUGACUACCUGUUGAAUUUUAAGUCGCCUUAUACCGGAGAUCCGGUGAAGAACCUCCGCAGUUUGGACGCUUACCGGAAAUUCGAGGCAGGUUUCGUACAAUCCAUGAAAGGACGAUUAAUUGAAAAUUUCUACGUCGUAGUGGGAAAGGUUGCUCAUUCAAUGCGGCUCAACGAAAAGCCAUUGAAUCCGUGGGUCAUAGUCCAGCGAGAAGGAACAAUCAUUUCGGCUCACUGUGACUGUGCCGCUGGCAUAAGUGAAACGUGUUCGCAUGUGAGCGCCAUAUUGUAUGCCUUAGCAAAUCUUCAUCAAUUGACCACUGAUGGAAAGAAUGUGAAGAUUUACCUGAAUUGA